CUGCAUAUCUUAAUACGAAAGUAAAAGUCCAGAGUCAAUUAAAUAAAUACACAAUUGAUUUUAUCACGAUGAAACAGACCAACACGAGAACCCUAGUCACAAAGGACGUCCGACGAGUGUAUUCAUACUACUCAGAAGAACAUUUAUUACAAACUCCUAAUGGACCACCAGAACAGGCAAGGUACUCUGAAGCUCAAGAACUGCUGAAGCCCGUAUUAACAUCAAGCAGAACGCGGAGCAUCUUUAAAAUCAACAACCCGUACCUAAAAACUGCGUUUGAAAACAAGAAAGCUCAACUUCAGCAUCAGAAUCCAAAUGUUCAGUACGAGGUGAAAUGGCUUUUCCAUGGCACGAGUUCCAGCAACGUCACAUCCAUAGCCGACGAAAACAUCGACUGGCGACUGCAUGGAACCAAGACAGGACAACUGUACGGAAGAGGAGCUUAUUUCGCAUCUCAGGCGAGUGACGCUCUCCGAUACGGAGACGUAAUUUUCAUCUGCCACGUCCUGGUUGGUCUCACCGCCACCGGUAGCCCUGAUACCAUCAAGCCUCCGAAAGACAGAUUCAACCGCCCCAUUGACACCACGGUUGACAAUACCGUCAACCCAACCAUAUUUGUCAAGUAUGAUUCUCAGGAGUACUACCCGGUUUACUACGAGUUGUUUUAAAGUGUAGAGUACUAUU